AUGAUUCUGAACUACGUGACGUCUUUGGAGGGCGGAACAUAUUAUGGGAAAACAGAACCGAAAGUCAGGAAAGGACGUAUAUCUGACGAACAGAGCAGCGCCAUGGCGUCUGAGAGAGAGAUGGACGGUUUAAUUGAAGAGUUAACGUGCCCCAUCUGUCUUGAGAUAUUUGUUGACCCGGUAUCUCUACAAUGUGGUCAUCACUUUUGCAGUCACUGCAUCACACAUAGCUUGGGUCAGUUCCCUGAACAGAACACUUGUCCCCAGUGUCGUUACGUCUUCACUGAAGUGAAUAUCAGGUCUGCUCGGAGGCUCGGUAUUAUUGCGGAGCAGGUUAAGGUGUUGAAUGCGAAGCUGGCGCAGCAGAAGCGGGAACCUUGCUGUGAGGAACACGGGGAGAAGCUUAAGCUGUUCUGUUUAAUGGAACGAGAAGUUAUUUGUGUGGACUGCUGGAACGUCCGGCAUCAAGAUCACAAAGUCAUCCCGGUGAAGGUGGCUGCCUGGUUGUACAAGAAAGCAUUCAAGGAGGCUUUGGCCUUGUUGGAAGGAGAACUGCAAAUAGUUACUGAAGACAAAAUGAAACAAGAAGAAAAAAUGGGAGAAGUGAAGGUGCAAGUGGAUCAGCUGUCGGAAAGAAUUGGACAAGAAUUUUUGAAGAUGCACUAUUUCCUGAAAGAGCAAGAAAAGGUUAUGAGAUGUCAGCUGAGAAAAAACGAGAAGAUGACAUUGAAAAGACUGGACAAUACAGUGGCAGUAAUUAACAAUGAUAUAUCAACUCUUGAGGAAAAAAUUCUGGAGAUAAAAUCACGAUUAGAGAUGAAUCAAACAGUUGAGAUACUCAAGGAUGCAGAAAACUUCUUGAAAACAUGUCAUGUCCAGUGCCAUGAAGUGGAAGAGUUCAACAUUGAGUUAACCAGUAAAGUCCUUUAUGGGCUUUUCCUUCCAUUUCUCAGAGUGUGGGAGGAUAUGAGGAGAAUGAUCAAUGCAGUCCCUAGAUCUGAAGACAGAAAAUGAGCAGCGUUUUGUUUCCUAGCGUCGUCUUAGUGUAAACAAUGAUGAAGAAUUGGAUUAUUUUCCUGAACCCCAGUGAAUUUUAAUGGAUUCUUAUGUGCUUUAAUUUUGUGGCAUCUCACGUCAGGCUGCUGCCACUUUGGCUGCUGGAAACAAAACUUUUUGUGUUGUAGAGGGUAUCCUCACUAUAUCUUCACAGGGUUACUAGAUCAGAGGUUUGGUUAAAGAGUAUGACUACAGGGCAGAAAAAAUGAAUUCACUCCAAUUUUCGUUAAAAGGAGCCUUGGUAAUUAGGGAUUUAUCUGGACUAUUAUUGUGGGAAGAUGCCGAUUGCAUGUCUCACCUUUACACUUCCACCGAUGUAUUUCUUGGGAAGCGCUUAAAAAUGACACCAGCAAAACAUUUGAACCAGUUGCACUGCUUGCACUUUAAUUUCUUUGGGGAGAAUUUUUGAUUAAAUUAUGAUUUUAAAACUG